CUUCACUUCUAUUUAGAACGUUGACAUCCCUAAUCGUGAAAAAACAGACGAACAUUCUAGUCGGCAACACCUCACCGGAUUACUGAAAAAAUACUGCGUGUUUUCUAUAAUUUUAUUGGCAUAAUUUUCUCUGUCCUUUGCUGUACCGAGUGGAGCAGAUUGGCAAAACAAUGGCGUGCCCGAUCGACCCAGCCGAGCUGAAAAAGCUGAACAUUUUCGUCGACUUAUGUGCGGCUCAACCGCAACUAUUGAAUCUACCUCAGCUGGCAUUUUUCAAGAGUUUCGUCGAGAAGCUCGGAGGCACAGUACCCGAGGGCCAGCCGGAUUUUGGUGGCGCUCAGCCUAAGACGGAAGAACCGAAAAAAGAAGAAGAGCAGCCGGAGAAGAAGGAAGAGUCCGAUCCGGAAUCGGAUAUCGAACUGGACAUGGAGGGAUGCGUUGAGCCAGAUAACGAACCGGAACAACCGAUGGGAGACGCCUCGAAGGAACCCAGCGAAGAUGACAUCGAUAAGGCAAACGAGUUGCGGUCAAAGGCAGCGGCUGCAUAUUCCGAACAAAAUUACGAAGAAGCAGUGAAACUGUUUACGGAAGCAAUUGAAUUGAACCCGAGAAGCGCUUUGUAUCAUGGCAAACGUGGCCAAGCCUAUCUGAAGCUAUCCAAACCGAAUGCCUGUAUUCGUGACUGUACUCGGGCUCUAGAGAUUAACCCGGAUUCCGCUACAGCCUACAAGUUCCGUGGGCGAGCCAAUCGUCUUCUGGGCAAGUGGGAAGAGGCUGCCAAAGAUCUUCGCCAGGCCUGCAAGCUGGAUUACGAUGAAGAAGCCGAUGAGUGGCUAAAGGAAGUCACACCGAAUGCGAAGAAAAUCGAACAGCAUAAACUGAAAAUGGAACGAAGACGCCAGGAGAAGGAGCUUCGCGAAAGACAGGAACGCGUCCGAAAGGCACAGGAAGCCAACCGCAAGGCGGCCGAAGAAAAAGCUCGUAAAGAUAGUGGCGAUGGAGGCGACAGCGACGAUUUCUUCGGAGGCGGUGGAGGUGCCGGAGCGGAAGACAUCCUGAACGCCUUCAAGGAUCCGGAAGUGGCUGCGGCCCUUCAGGACAUUAUGGCCAAUCCGAGCAACAUCGGCAAGUACCAAAACAAUCCCAAGGUAAUGAAUCUUGUAUCGAAGUUCGCAUCGCAAGCGUCCCAAUCGGGAGGUUUUCCGGGAUUCGGAGGUGCCCCGGGAGCUGGUGGUUUCCCAGGUUUUGGAGGGGCACCAGGAGCCGGAGGGUUCCCUGGGACUGGUGCCGGUGGCUUCCCAGGAUUCGGCGGUGGUCCAACCGGUGGACCGAAAACCACUGAUGACCUAGAUUAAGAACUUCCCCUUUCUCCCAUAAUAAUGUUACUACACGAAUAGAUGGAUGCAUUUCUUAGUUGGGGUUUGAUGGAACAAGUAAUAAUGUUUUACGAGAACGUUAGCUUCCUUUCUGGAUUACACAUUUUUAUUCUGAACAGACUGUCGAAAGCUACGUUUCAGGGUUUGCAUACCUUUAAUGACGAGUUUGCACUUGAAUUAACUAACCUUUACUAUUCCUAAUGGAAACUUCGAUUAAUCUAGUUGCAGAAUAGAGGAAUAAGAUAAGUACGUAAUACACUUCACGUGUUCUUAAAAAA